AUGCUUAAUUAUUUUCUAUCUCUUACUUUUACUGGGCUUGUAGCCGCGGAGUAUUUAGAUUUUACUCCCCGGAAUUAUGACGUCAGAGCAACCGGCACGUUGUAUUGUGAGGACACGUCGGAGACGCAUAAGGCGUCCAUUAUCCUGGCUGAUAUUGAUUGUGAGUUUGUUUUUCUGCAUGUAUUAUAGCAUAUGAAAGCUCUGCAGAACAAACAGCAACUAACAAAUCCUCUCUAUAACGAACAAUUUCAAAGGAUAUGGGCUUCAAUUUUAGACAGAAAUAAAUAAGAAUACAACAAAAACAUAUGUAUUAAAACCUCUUUAUAUCGACGAUCAAUCUGUCGGGAAAAUAAUGAGCACUCUGUCGCAUCAAAAAUCGUAUCGCCGCUAAAGAAGAGAAUUGUCUUCGUGGCAAGAUCAAAUUGCUUUUCUCUACGCGAUCGGCGCAGCGACAUUGUGCUCAUUAUUUUCCCGACAGACUGAUAUUAAAUCUUGGGUCCUCUCCAAUUUGUUUUACAAAAGUUCACUUGUCUAUCGGUCUGUCGGGAAAAUAACGGCGGAUCGUCGCGCCUCGGAGUCGCUCAUCAUCGCUUUGCGACUGCAAGCCGCGACUUGGGAUUUGGUGCGCGAUAGCGGCGGGGCGAGACAUUUUGCUGCGACGAUCCGCCGUUAUUUUUCCGACAGACUGAUAUCAGUUUGUCUGGAAAAUAAUGGAUUCAUCCCUCGAUUCAUCCCACCCGUCGCCGCUUUGCGAUGACUAGCCGCGGCUGGAGAUUUGGUUUGCGACUGGGACAAGGCGAGAAAUUUUGUUGCGCCAAAUCCACAUUAUUUUCUAGACAGACUGAUAAUAUGGGGAAAAGUUCCUUAUUCUGGCCACAAAAAAGGUACUCUGUGAACUGCGCCCAAACUUGGGAACUAAAGUUAGGAAAAAAUUCUUCGAUCUAGCUGGCCCUGAAUUACUACAAUAGCUCUAGUAUAGUUUAAAGGUACCUACGAAGGCUACGACGACUCAUAGUUCAAUACUGAGGGAAUAAGUUUAAUUUCGGACAUGUUUCAUCGUAUAAAGUGUAAAAUCGCAGGCUGCAGCCGGCUUUGAAGGGUAAGAUGGUACGUAAAAAAGAAGGUACCUCACUAACUAAAUUCAAUGUCCUGGCAUUGACAACGAUGAAUUGAGCCUGCACGCAAAAUUUGGGCUAAUUUCUACCAGUUUCCGAAGAGUUAAAAGUUGUGGCCAGAAUAAGGAACUUUUACCAUAAUAUGUAGCGUUAUAUGUAUCCCUGCCUUCAGUUCUCUACGACGACAUUUUGAACUGGACCGUCGCCGGAAAGGACGGCAAAUUCGACAUCUACGGAACGGAGUGGGGAUUCACCAAGUUUGAGCCUGUUCUUUAUAUUGCGCAUCAUUGCGGAGGUAAUAAAAAUUGACAAGGGAAGUGCUCCAAGUGCGACGAAUAGAUUUUGGCCAAAAACCGGCUUUUCGCCAUAGCAUCGCUAGUUUAGCAUGGAGAAAUUUUUUUUUGUUGCCUAUUUCCUAUACGGUAGAAAUAGGCGAAAGAAACUUUCCAUGCCAAACUUUGCAAAAAAUCGUUUCAUUUUUUCCAAUUUUCAAUCUGAAAAUCUCUGUAAUUUUUGCAAAGCGUGAGUUAGGAGUCCCGCAUAUGUCACAGGAAAUAUUACUUUAAAUUUGCGCCGAGUUUCUUCGAAAUCUGAGCGUCGCAUUUGGAGCACUUCCUCUGCGAAUUUAAUGUCCGUUUAGAUUGGAAAAACAUCCUGCAAAGCCGAGUUGUCCUCGAUCAAAAAUAUGUGUUCUACAAGAGUGACGAGUUCAAGCUUGUGUUCAACGAAUCCAUAGAUCUUUACAACAACAACAUUGGGGAUUACUAUGAGGAGGAUAUAUAUCCACCGCUUGAUAAGAAGAAGGGAUAUUUCUGA